AUGGGGUUCCGGAAUCCUGAUGUACAGUUGAUUGAUGUUCGGAGCCCUAGCGAAUUCCAGGAGGAUCAUAUCUCAGGCGCCUUAAAUAUUCCGGUCCUCAGUGAUCAGGAACGUUCCCAUGUGGGCAAAUUAUAUACGAACGGUGACAUCCUCAGGGCCAGAUUCGAAGGGGCCUCUGUAAUCUGCGCUAAUUUGAGUCGUAUACUUUUGGAGCUUGGGGAACGAUACUUCCCCGUGACUAGUUGCACUUCCAAGUCCCUGUCAAGUCCCGCUGACUCCAAAAUCGGUAACUCUGCCUCCAAUGUGCUUGUUUAUUGCGCUCGUGGAGGACAGCGAUCUAACUCGCUGGCUACCCUGCUCACUCAGAUCGGAUGGCCUGGUGAAGUUGGUGUUCUGGUGGGCGGUUUCCGUUCAUGGCGCCGACUGCUACUGCGCCAGCUGGAUGCUUGGCCUCUCUGGAUGAUGCCGGGUCAAUUCUGGGUCGUAUCUGGACUCACUGGCUCUGGUAAAUCUUUAGUAUUAUCCGAGCUGGCUUACGCAGAAGAAACCGUUCUCGACCUUGAGCAUAUCGCCAAUCACAAAGGUUCUAUCUUUGGUGCUGAACCCACUGCGCAGGCAUGUGAUCAGCGGCUAUUCGAGUCUCGUCUGCAUCAUUUAUUUGUCAGCGAUCCGAAGUGGCAAACGUCCUCUCACAUUUGGAUGGAAUGCGAAUCUCGUACAGUUGGGCCUCUCUGUCACCUCCCUGCGGGGUUGUGGACGCGACUUCGUGAGACCACUGCUCAGGCGGGCACUCAUCGUGUUUGGUUAGAUGUCCCCGAGGAGGCUCGAGUGGCUUGGAUACUAGAGACCUACGAGGCUCUCACAAAAGACCCCGACGCUGUGCAGUCAAUGCUAACCAAACUCGCUGGUUAUCACUCGUCCCAACGUCUUACGGAGUGGAGGACGUGGGUGAAUCAGGGAGACUUCGUGAGCCUUGUCACUGCACUGCUACGACAUCACUAUGAUCCGGUGUAUCGUCGGGGUCGCAAAGCGGUACUCGCAGACGCUGAUCGGAAUGGAGUUCUGCAUCGUGUCUCUCUUCCAGUGGUCGACCGUGCUACUAUCCGAUCACGUCUUCUUCCUCAUCUACUCGAAUUAGCUGACGUUCUUGGCGGCCAGUCUUCGUCCAAGUUAACAGCUUCUUAG